UUGCCGCAGAUCUAGCAAAUUGGGAAGCUCGUGUGAGGCUGAGGGAGAAGACGUAUUGCAGCAGUUGACGAUGACGAAGCGAUGCGGAGGUGAUGGACACUGUGGCGAUGCUGAGUCCAGCCGGGAGAUUCGUCGAUACUGAUGAUCUCGCUUUGUGGCAGCCCUCUGGGAUGGUGCUACAGAGCCUUCUGCCGGAAGCAGAGUCAAUCACAGGUUUGAGGGGGUGGGGUGACUGGAAGAUAGCGCAGGGUAUCUAGGCUGACACUGCGUUGUGGCUAGUCCUCGUCAGUCCCGAGUAAUUUAGAUUCUCUCGUGUGAGAUUGGUGCCUUCAGGUCAAUGGAAAAAUAAUGUGUAGCAUCCAUACGCGUACUGGGUUUGGUUGCCCUUGAGAGGGCGCUCGAUGCUUGAUUGCAUGUGCUGAGCUUCAUGAACCCUCCGGAACGAAGAAGGUUGAGAGAAAAGGACUUAACUUUUGUGCGAAGCGAUUCAAUAAGUUGUCACGUGGUGAACUUCUUUUCUUCUUGUGUGGUGAAGUUUAGCCGCUUGGUGAGCAAUCGUGAGAGCUGGCGAUGAUUCAGAACCACUUUGGGUCUGUCGGUUCUAAUUUUGAACCAGAGGCCUAACAUUUGAAGGUGUCGCACGGAGGUUUAAGUAAUUUCACUUGCAACUCCAGGUGGAAGUUUGCCAAUGCGUCUCCGAAGCAGCGCAAUGAUACUAAAUACGAGCUGGUUGUAACGGGUUCUUUCCGGUGUCGAGGACAUAUUAGGUUAUAAGAAUUAGGGGUUGGAGAGCAACAUUAAGAACUUGAUUUAUUGAGCUGGGAAGGAUGGACGAUCGAAUCAGUCGUGGCUCUGGUCACCUGGAGAAUUUGAAAAGUCGAGCUUUCUACUUGUUGAAAGACAGCCUCAAAAUUGCACGUCUCGCUUUGGUAGAUAUUAGCACCUCAGAAUUAAUGACGGAGGAUGCCACAAACACCGAUGAGUGGGGCCCGACAACAAAACAGAUGGCUGAAAUUUCGAAAGUUAUCUUCAACUCUGAAGAUUAUCUGCGUGUCGUGCAAAUCCUCCACAAUAGAUUGGCUCUUAACCCCAAAAAGCACUGGAAACAAGUUCAUAAGACGCUCAUUCUUCUUGAGUAUUUGCUAGGCCAUGGUCCUGAGCAUUUAGUCAUGGAAUUUCGUGAAGAGAAGGAUCGACUUGAGGAACUCACACGCUUCGUUUACGUUGAUUGGAAGGGUUCUGACAGAAGCUCAGCUCUCCAAACGAAAGCCAAGCAUGUGCUUCACUUACUAACGAACGAGGCAGCCUACAGAGAGGAGCGAAUUCAAGCUCAGAAAACCUCCCAAGGCAUUUGUGGUUUCGGCAGUCAAUCUCGGCAGCAGAAAUCUGCUCACGUGGAGUAUGAUCCUCACAUUUUUGGUCCUCGCAGCAAAUCAACUUCCUGCUUAAUGACGAUCAGCUCGGCAGAAGAUUCAAGAUCACUGUUGGUGGACGAAGAUCAUCGAUAUUCUAGCUGCAAGUUAGAUACCAAAAAGACUUCAACACACUCAAAUUCUGUCGGUGACGAAUCCGAGGCCGACAUGUCUUCGCCGUGCUUUAGUGAAACAACCUGGGGCACAUCUUCGAGCUCAUCACGUGGUGAAAGUUUGAGUGCAAGGGGCCGCUCUGUGAGUUACUCCAGCAGUGAUGGAAAUCGUAACGAAGAAUCGCCAACUUCCAACUUUUCCUUUCGCAGGACCGCCCAAAUUCUGGAUAUGGAUAGCGUAGCGUCUGAGCUUGAAACUACAGUGGUAGAUGAUUUGCCGCUGGUUCACACUUCACCUCCAAUGAGUGGUUACAAGAGCGUUGUGCCUAAACUCCCAGCCCACCGACGCCCAGUCAUAUCAAAGGCCGAAGACCUCGCUUCGGAGAGGAGCAGUGCACCAGUUCAGAAGUUGCCACCACCUCCACCCAUGGCGGAGUACAAACCCGUCAUCGCCAGACCCCCUCAAAGUGGCUCAAGAGUGUCACGAAGACAAAUAGAUACAUUGACAUCGGCGCGUGAGCCAACAGUGGAUCUCAUCAGCAUUUGAUUGUAAUCCAACCAGUGGUGACGUUCUGUAAUGCUUGUCAACUUGAAUAUUCAUAUAGAUUAGAAUUAUACUUGGCUAGGUUCAAUCUCGUAGAAUGAGAGAGGGUCCGCGAGCUGUGUUGUAUGAAACUAUCCAAUUGUAGUUGGAUGAGGCUCUGCAAUUUGAAAUAACUUGCUAUCACAAUGGGGUUAAAAGCACUGAUCAAACACUAUUUGAACAGUGGAUUGUAUAUUGUUUCAGCUGGGUCAAUUGAAUUUUUAGCAACGGACCAGGCCAGUGA